AUGAUCAUGUCGUUGCCGCUACCAUCUCAUGUGCGAUCGCCCGUAUCCGUGGAGAAUUAUCCGAGAGUUCCGCUCAGCCAUGUGCGUUGCGGAUCGCCGAGCCGACCUCCGGCGCUUUGCCUAGGCCGUCGAACGCGUGGAUUCACUGCGGCUAACGUCAGCGCGAGUUAUGCGUCUGCUUUUUCUACCACCAGCGCUGGCGCUGAUCUGCCGAGAGCCAGUGCUAAAGCGGUGGACGUGGCGAGGGCCGGCGCUGAAGUGGCGGAACAUGGCGGUGACGUGGCGAGCGCACGAAGCACGAGGGAGGCGGCGGAGGCAGCGGGGCGCGGGAAGGGGCUGCUGGCGUUCUACGCGGACCACCACGUGGUGCCCCUCCCCGCCGGCCACCGCUUCCCCAUGGACAAGUAUCGCACCACUCGCCAGCUCCUGCAGUCGGAUGCAUCUCUAGAUCGCAUCCUGGCCGUCCAUCCCGCACCUCUUGUCUCAUGGGAGGAGCUGCAGCAGGUGCAUGAGGAGGGCUACCUGACGCGACUCUUCACACACGCCCUGUCAGCGCAGGAGCAGCGAGUGCUGGGCUUCCCCUGGUCGCCGCACCUGCUGCUGCGCUCCCAGGCCUCGUGCGGUGGCACUGUAGCAGCCACCCACGCAGUUCUGAUGGGGCUCAGGCGGGCGGCGGGGGUGCUGGCGGGCGGCACACACCAUGCGUUCAGGGGGCACGGGGAGGGCUUCUGUGUGUUCAACGACAUAGCAGUGGCAGCCCUGGCAGCACUCACGCACCACCCCACCAUCUGCAAUGCCGACCGGCCCAUCCUGGCCCUUGAUCUCGACGUGCACCAGGGCAAUGGCACGGCGAGCAUAUUCGAGGGCGACCCGCGGGUGGUGACCUUCUCAAUGCACGGCGCCAACAACUACCCGUGGCGCUCCAAGAAGCGCUCCGACUACGAUGUGGAACUGCCAGACGACACGGGGGACGCUGCUUACCUCUCCCUGCUCGAAGAAUGGCUGCCCAGGCUAUUUCACCAGCACCGGCCGAGCCUCGUCAUUUUCCAGGCAGGGGUGGAUGCUCUUAAAGAGGACAGUUUUGGCAGGCUUGCAAUGACAAGGGCUGGCAUGCUGAGGAGGAGCAACAUGGUGUACAGUGCGUGUAUCGACAACAAUGUGCCAUUGGUCAUCACCAUGGGCGGCGGCUAUUCACGACCGCCUGAUGCGAGUCCGCGCAAGGCCGCGUCACCGUGUGCGGGCGGGGAGGUCGCGCCAGCCAUCCCCGGCAUGACGCUGAGCCCGCAUAAGCCGACCUCCGCCGCCGCCGCCGCCGCCGCGGAAGGGCCGCUCUCCAUCGUCAUCUUCGGCGCGUCAGGCGACUUGGCGAAGAAAAAGACGUUUCCCGCGAUCUUCAAUCUCUUCCAGCAUGGCUUUCUCCCCGCGGGGGAGAUCCGCAUCUUCGGAUACGCGCGCUCGCAGAUGACGGCGGAGCAGCUGCGCGAGAAAAUCAAGGGCUACCUCAAGCCCAAGGCCGACACGCCCCCCGGCCAGGACCCUGUCACUCCCUUCCUCAACGUCGUGGACUACAUCCACGGCCCCUACGACGGGCGGGACGGCUACGCCAAGCUGCAGGAGGCCAUGCUCGCAUUCGAAGCCACCACCGCUCCCACUGCCGCUCCCACCGCUGCCACCAGUGACAGCACCACCGGCACCACCACCAGCAGUGGCAGCAGCAGGGCGACGAGGCGGCUGUUCUACCUGGCGCUGCCGCCAUCCGUGUACCCACCGGUGUGUGCGGAGGUGCGGCGCUACUGCAUGAACGCACGCGGGUGGACGCGCGUCAUCGUGGAGAAGCCGUUUGGGCGCGACCUGGCGAGCGCGGAGGCGCUGAGUGGCGAGCUGGGGGCGCUGUUCAGCGAGGAGCAGAUCUACCGCAUCGACCACUACCUCGGCAAGGAGGUCGUUCAGAACCUGUUGGUGAUGCGCUUUGCCAAUCGCUUCUUUGUGCCGCUGUGGAACCGAGACAACGUCGCCAAUGUGCAGAUUGUGUUCAGGGAGGACUUUGGCACGGACGGCCGCGGAGGCUACUUCGACCAGUAUGGCAUCAUUCGGGACAUCAUUCAGAAUCAUCUCAUGCAGGUGCUGUGCCUCGUAGCGAUGGAGAAGCCAGUCUCGAUGCAGCCGGAGGACGUUCGCGACGAGAAGGUGAAGGUGCUGCGCGCCAUACAGCCCAUCAGGGAGGAAGAGGUGGUGCUGGGGCAGUACGAGGGGUACACCGACGACCCCACCGUGCCUGCUGGAUCCCACACGCCCACCUUCGCGUCGCUUGUUCUGCGCAUCAAGAACGAGCGCUGGGAUGGAGUGCCGUUCAUAAUGAAAGCGGGCAAGGCGUUGGAUUCACGCAAGGCGGAGAUCCGAGUGCAGUUCCAUGACGUGCCGGGCGACAUCUUUGGCUGUGGGCGGAACUCGAGGGACGAGUUUGUGAUGCGGCUGCAGCCGUCAGAGGCCAUGUACAUGAAGCUCACGGUGAAGAAGCCAGGGUUGGAGAUGGCAGCGACGAUGAGUGAGUUGGAUCUGAGCUACAGCCAGCGCUACUCUGGAGUGGUCAUCCCCGAGGCAUACGAGCGCCUCAUCCUCGACAGCAUCAAUGGCGACCAGCAGCACUUCGUGCGCCGAGACGAGCUUAAGGCUGCAUGGGAGAUCUUCACGCCGCUGUUGCACCGCAUCGACCAGGGCGCCCUCCCUCCGCACCCCUACAAGCAGGGCAGCCGAGGCCCCGAUCACGCGGACGAGCUGGCGGAGCGGGUGGGGUACCGUCGCACGCAGGGGUACUGCUGGAUCCCACCCACGCUCGCGGAAUAG